AUGACGUUGAUAGAGUUAGAAGAGGAGGAUAUGUUGGAAAAAAAGGAUGUUGUUAGAGUUAGGAAAGAUGCUAAAGAUGAAGAAAACGAAGAGGAAACAGCCAUUUUGCCGUCUACCCUGUCCAGGCGAGCGAGAGCUCAUCGAUCAUCCGUGACGUGGGUCAGCGCCGCUUUACCAGAUUGGACGGCAGCCGUCACGUGUUAUGCUAAUUUUUUGCCCGGGGGCGGAGUCGCGGAGCGAGUUAAACGACAACCCGAAAGAAAAAUUAUUUCCAUCCAAUUCACCCAAAAAUUAAUGAUCAUGAGUUCGUUUUUGAUGAACUCUCCUGCGUAUGCCGACCCGAAAUUUCCACCCAGCGAGGAGUAUUCACAGGGCAACUACAUCCCCAACCACGCAGCCGACUACUACGCGCCCCCGCCACCUCAAUCGCAUCCUUACAGUUACGGCUGUGUCCCUCAUGCAACCUCCACGCAGCAGACUUUCGGCCAUGAGGCAUCACAAUACAACCACCACGCCGGUCCCCAAUUCCAUCAGCAAUAUCAUCAGCAACCGUGCGGUUUGGCGGCGCCCCAGGACGGCAACAGGAGCCAAAACUUGGCACGGGGGCCCCAACUACACCACCAAGCUCAACAGGAAGCGGAAUGUAAUACAAGUCAACCCCUCAUCUACCCGUGGAUGAAGAAAGUACACGUCAAUUCAGCUAAUGGGAACUUUUCGGGUGUGGAACCAAAAAGACAGAGGACCGCUUAUACUAGGCAUCAGAUACUCGAACUGGAGAAAGAAUUCCAUUUCAAUCGCUACCUGACGCGUAGGAGAAGGAUCGAAAUUGCUCACUCCCUUUGCCUGAGCGAACGACAGAUUAAGAUCUGGUUCCAAAACAGGAGGAUGAAAUGGAAGAAGGACAACAAAUUACCCAAUACUAAGAACGUUAAGAAGAAGAAUCCCGAUGGUACCACGUCCAAGAGGUCUCAGAAUUCUAAUCCGGCAGGGAUGGUAACACAUGCGGAUACUGUGCCACCUCCGCCACCCAUGCACAUGAUGCAACCUCAGCUACCCCCUCCACCAUCUAUGGACUCCAAAAGUGGUUAUGGGCUGACAGAAUUAUAAAAUGGAUAAAAACCCCUUCAAUACAGAGAAAGAAAGUGUAGAGAAGUCGUCGAUGUGUGCUAGUUUAUAGUACUUCGCCUCUACUUUUUGGUGCUUUAACAAAA